AAUUUAAGUAUUUAAAUUCAAUUCAAUAUUAUAAUAUGCUAUGCGGUUCUAUAGGUGAAUAAUAUUUUCCAUUUGUGUUAAUUAAAAAUCAAUCAUACAUUUAUACCUAAACAUAUAACUCUAAAAGUGAAAGCCGGUUGGGCUGUAGACUCAGUAUUCAUUAACUAUAGUCUAUAAUGAUCGUACCUCUUAUUUUUUAUCAUGCAUUUGCGCGGCUAUUAUAAUAAUUAUCAACUUAAUAUAGGUACUAGGUAUACCACUAUGUACCAAGCAGGUACUUAAUAAGUAUUUAUAAAUAUUUAAAAUAUUAUACAUGUAUUUCAAUUAGUAGAUACGCAGUGAACUAUAGGAAUUAGUUUACAUCAUGAAAAUAUAUGGAGUAAUAAUUAUGCGGUGAUAAGCAUUAAGUAAAUACCUAGUUAAUAGGUGUACACUACCUAUAUAUAUACAUUUUAAAGACCUUUAUAAAAUUAAAUCAUAUAGAACACGUUAUUUACUUAUUCUAUAUUCAGUGUUGUUACUUACUCUGUACUCUCAUGUAUUAGUUAUUUCUAUUAGGUAUGUAAAAAUACAAAAAUAUUUAAUUUAGUGUUAUAGAUUGAAUAUAAUAAUUAUAAUGACAGUAUAUUUGAAUUUUAAACAGUUUAAUAUUAUACAACUGCGUGAAUUAUAAAAUAGUUUACGUUUUACAUUCAAUUAUUGUGAUUUGUUUAUUUAAAAUUUUUUUAAAUAUAUAUAUAUUGUACCUAGUGCGGUUAUUCUUAUAAGAUACCUACUUGAUACUUACUUUUCUCGGAAAUUAAGAUACAAUAUGUCACACUAUGAGAUGCCGAUUGCUGAAUAUGUGUACACAGAACACUUUGAAGAAAUGAAUGUAACUCAAGAUGUUUAUUUAACAUUUACUGACAAAAAGAAUUCUAGUGACCAAUUCCUGUACGUAUAUGACUUACUAAAAGAAUAUGAUUGGUUACCUAAAAAAUGUGAUGGUUCUAUUAGAUUAUCACAGGCGCAUCGGCGAUGGAGAAAACGAUUGAAAAAAUACCUUAAAAAAAAUGGAAUAUUUAUAAAUAUGAAUUGUACCACAGCAAAAAAAAAUAAUAAUACGUCUGAUCAAUAUAGAUCACGUGGAAAUGAAGCAUUUAAAAUUAAAAAUUAUGAAGAAUCGCUAAAAAUGUAUACUCGAAGUAUAAUGACUGCAGAAAUUGAUUCUCCUAACUUUGCUUUAUCAGUAGCAAAUAGAUCAGCUGCUUUAUAUUAUUUAGAAGAAUAUGAGCAUAGUUUAAAAGAUAUUGAUCAAACAUUUAAAUCCAAACAGUAUCCAUUGCAGAAUUAUUACAAAUUGUUUGAAAGAAAAGGAAAUUGUUACCGUCAGAUGAAACAUACAUCUCUUGCUUUAAAAUUGUAUUCGGAUUGUUUAUCACAUUUAAACAGUAAUACAUAUUUAACACUUGACGUCAAAACAAAAAUCAAAAUCAGAAUAUUAGGAUUUAUGAAAAAAUGUGAAGAAGUAGAAGAAAAAACAAAAAUAAUGAAUGUUAAAUAUAAAAGUUUGACAAAACUUAAAUUUGAUAAAAAUUCUGUUUUAUCGAAAUGUGUUGAAAUACGAAAUUCAAAAGAAAUGGGAAGAGGAUUAUUCGCAUCAAAACACCUAAAGCCUGGUGAAAUAAUUAUUAUAGAAGAGCCAGUUGCUGGUGUAUUUAAAAAUAGUAAGUGGAUGUUUAACUGCAAUUAUUGUUUCAAACGAUGUUUAUCAGCCAUACCGUGUCAUAAAUGUUCACAGGUUAUCUAUUGUGAUGAGACAUGUUUACAAAAAGCCUACGCCAGUUACCAUACUAUAGAAUGUUCAUUAGUCUAUCCUCUCAAAGAGGACCCAACUGUAGAGCCCACUCACGAUCUGGCUUUACGUUGUUUCAUACGGCUUAUAAAUGUAAUGGGCAUCGAUCAUUACUGUUCAAUGGUACAAAUGUAUAAUGAAUCAAACUUUUGUUUUGACAUAAAAAGCAAUUUUUUAACGGAUUCUUUCUACUCAAUUUAUGCACUGGAUGGAAAUGAAACCAAAAGAACAGUAUCCAAUUUAUUUUUCAUGCAUUGUACUGCAUCAAUGAUGGUAUCUCUAUUGUUGUUAAAUGAAUACGAUAUCCCAUCAAAUUUGUUAGGAACUGUUGGUGGAUCGUUAGUUCAUUUGUUGUGUAUAACUAACUUGAACUCUUAUGCGUCUAUAGAGCUAUCUAAAUACACCGGAGAGAGCAAUAAUAAUAUUGUUUCAAAUCGACCAACAACUUUUGAUUCUGUCGCUCUAAUUCUAUGCUCUGCAUACAGUUUAAUAAAUCAUUCAUGCGAUCCAAAUGUGAUAGUUCAAACGUACAGUGGUAUAGAAGUAACUCGGGCAAUACAACCAAUUUUAGAAGGAUCUCAAAUAUUUACUGAUUAUGGUGUCAAAUUUAUGUCACAUAACAAAGAACAACGCUGUACACAUUUAUUUGAUCAGUAUCAAUUUCAAUGCCAGUGCCAUGCUUGUAUAAACGAUUGGCCCAACUAUGUGUCACUGGGAUUCAAUGAAUUAUUUAUUGGCUAUGACCAACUUCCCAUUAACAACAAGGAAAAUAACAAGCUCAAUAUUCCAAAAUCAGCUAUAUCCAAAUUGAAUGAAAUUGUAUAUUUAUUAUUAACACAUCGCAAGAUAAAUAUUGAUUAUUUAGAUUUUUUAUUUUCAUUUUUAGAUUUGUUAUACUAUAAUUUAAAAAAACCAUGUACCAUUUACUAUAAAUGUAUUCAGUUAAUUCAAGCAUGUUUGUAUUAUACUUCAGAUCAAGUACAAUAUAAUACAUAAUCGUUCAUUAAAUAAAAAUGUAAAAUAAUACAUUAUAUAAUAUGUUGACUGUAGUUGGGGUAUAAAGAAUAAUACCUAUAUACUUAACGCACACCAUUCUGCGCCGCAGCCUAUUAUAUAUAUUAUUAUUAUUAUUACUGUCGUACUCAGAGCCCGAUUGGUGAUAAAAUGUAUAAUGUAAAUCAAAAUUUAUUUAUAAUGCAUUACUUAUUAUAUAAUAUCAUAUUUUUAAUAAUUGUUUAACUUUUAUUCAAUCCUACAAAGUAAUUAAUUUUAGAUUUUGAAAGGAGUAUUGUUAUAAAGAAUAUGUAUAAAGAAAUAUUAUUUUAGAAUAACUUCAAAACAUGUUCUCAUUGUAUAUAAUACAAAUUUGUAUAAAUAUAAAUUAAACCAUUUUAAUUGUUUAUGUAUAAACCAUGAAGACUAGUCUUCAUGGUUUAAACCACCGCGAUUUCUCGCCAGUCAUGGCACAUCGGUCCGCGCAAGUGCGCAUCGGUCUGCACCUCGCUGCCGCCCAGCGUAAUCGCGACAUCGCUGCGACACACUCGCCGACCGCCGUCUCAACGGCCGCGGCCACUCAGUGCUCUUGACUCUUGUGACCUGUAGUCUUGUACUCUUGUCGUCUUCCGGUGGUUGACCGUAAUGGACGUCGUACCGUUCAUGGUUAAAUAAAUUAUUUAACCAUGGUUCAUCGCAGGGCGCAUAUAGAUUUGAUAUAAAUUUUUAUUAGUUUAUAUACUUUUAUAGGUCUACGGCAGGGCGUAGUCGACCCGGAAGUGCGUUACUCCGGUCGCUGGUCAAGUUCCGAUUUUUAGCUCGCCCAUGCAUCUAUUAUACACCGUCAGGUCGUUUUGUGCGUGCGCGCCGCGUUGACUUCGUGGGGCCCACGGGCCUGAUAAAGGUCUAUGGCGGGGCGUCGACCUUUCUUUCGUCCGUUGUACGUGUACUCCGGCCACGUGGUCAACGAUGAGCUGCACACGUCUGCCGCUGCGAUAUUAUAGUUCGUAUUAUUCCCUUCCUUGUGCGUCUGCCGCCGCAAGCCGAUCAUCGUAAUUUCUUCAUACUGUCGUCAUUUUAGCGUUUCGGACCCGACCCGAACGCGCCGUUGAGGUCCUCCGGUUUGUGCCCGGCCUGAAGUGGUGAUCGAACGAUAUCUGCACGUUGAACUCGAGCUGUUGUACUGUGGAGAUACGAUGGCGAAGUAUACGUUUGUCGUGGACUCGGCGGUUAUUUAUACGAAAAUCGAAAGAUUUAAGAUACCCCUAUGUGCUCGCCGCCGUCGUUGCAAUAACCGUUGGCGCCCACCAGUCACCUCCAACGAGUCGCCGAAAAAACCGCAACCAACGACACAAUGCUAUAAAAAAAAAAGAUAUAUAUAUAUAUAUAUAAUAUUAUAAUAAUCGAUAUUAAUAUACAAUAAUUGACGCAAAAAUGUGUUGUCACUGUGGGCAAUGUAGAGCGCAUUUACCAUAAACUAUAAAAGGUUUAACAAAUAAUAACACGAUCUGCAGCGACCGGAACACCGCAAUAAUAAUAAUGAUACACUUUAUGUACUUACACGAGUUACAAUAUAUUACAUACUUACUUAUUAUUACAGGCAAUGGGCAUCGACACAGGUUUGAUAAUAUAUUAUAAAAAUAUUAUUAUGUUACUAUACAGGGUGAUUUAUCUCUUUGUUUUUCAGUGGUGCAGUUAUUCAAAAUCUGAAAUGCCUAUUUAGGUACCCUAAGACCAUAUUUUAAAAUUAUUAAAAUAUCUUGUACUACCUACUAAAGGAAUGUUUUGAGAUACUUUUGCAGAAUUUUGACACUUCAUUUUCAAACUAAAACUCAAUUUAUUAUUUUUUUUAUAGUGUAAAUAAUUUAGCGAACAUUUUUAUGGACAUAUCGACGUAUCAAAAUCAAAAUUGAUACGAUAUACGGUAUGAGUACCUCGUUUUUGAGUCAUUUGAGUUUAUGUUUAAAGGAUAAUAGGUUUGGAAGAUAUAGGUAUUUGAUUAUGGUGAUUUUAAAUUUUUUGUAUUUUACAUACCUACAUUAAUCUAUCAAUACCUAUUUAUAAUUUGUAAAAAUAGUUCAAGUAUACCAAAUACUAAAUCCAGUAUUACAUCUAUUUAAUAUUUUGGUAAAACCA